UCUUAACGACAGUUUUACUAGCUAGAUGUUACGCAGCUUUUUUCCUAUAUAUUAUAUCUGCGCAACGACAACAUAAUGAUACAACACUGUCGUCAAGAAGUUAGAGAAUAGGCCUACUAGCGAGGUAAAACAUUCGCAGUUGUAAGAAAUAGACAACCGUAAGUGAUCAUAAAAGAGAUUCGAAAUAUAAACACCUAAUAUAGAGGAGCCGUCGCGAAGUCAAUCGAUUUGAGUGUCAUUUGGAGGAUACAGCCUAUGUUACCUGACAGGGGCACUUUCCUUCAUGAAGGCAUGCGCAUCGGAUGUGCAUUCGGGAGUCAAUCCGAGAAGUCAGUUGAUUUGGGUGUCAUUUGGGUGUCGUUCAAGGUGAACGAGUUCGAGAACAAAAGCUCCAAGUUUCAGAUAAAACUUUGGUAGAUGAAGACUCGGUACAUUCGGGACGAAUGUAAUGUCAAAAUGGUCGAGUUGUAAGAAAUAAACAACCGUAAAUGGUCAUGAAAGAGAUUCGGAAUAUAAACACCUAACAUAGAGGAGCCGUCGCGGUCGUGCAGCUAAGUGUCUUUUAAUAAGAGAGAGAAAAAAAUCAGGUGUUGUUUCUUCUCACUCGCACAUAUCGCCCAUUGCCUGGUAUAUAGCAUGCUCGGUCUAUCUAUACUAUGUCUAUGGCUGUGACCGUCAUCGAAUUGUCACCGCCACACGCGUCAGACGAAGCUGGUUGUUGAUCAUUUGGUAAAUGUAAUAAAUAUAAUUGUGCACGAGUUUCGACAUUGCCAUGGGGAUACUCGAGAAGAUCUCGGAAAUCGAAAAGGAAAUCGCGCGUACGCAGAAGAACAAAGCUACUGAAUAUCAUUUGGGCUUGCUGAAAGCAAAACUCGCCAAAUACAGAUCCCAGCUCUUGGAACCAGCGAAAAAAUCUGAGAAGGGCGAGGGUUUCGACGUACUGAAAUCAGGCGAUGCUAGAGUUGCGUUGAUCGGCUUCCCGUCCGUCGGCAAAUCUACUCUACUCAGUACUUUAACCGCUACUCAAUCAGAGGCUGCAUCCUACGAGUUUACCACCUUGACAUGUAUUCCUGGUGUUAUCGAGUAUAAAGGCGCCAAUAUACAAUUGCUGGACCUGCCUGGUAUAAUUGAAGGAGCAGCACAAGGAAAAGGAAGAGGUAGACAAGUUAUAGCUGUUGCUAGAACGGCAGACUUGGUUCUUAUGAUGUUGGAUGCAACCAAACAAGAUGUUCAACGACAACUCUUGGAAAAAGAAUUGGAAUCAGUUGGCAUAAGACUUAACAAGAAGAAGCCAAAUAUAUAUUUUAAAGUAAAGAAGGGUGGUGGCUUAGCAUUUAAUUCAACAUGCCCUUUGACAAAAGUGGAUGAAAAAUUAGUUCAAAUGAUAUUGCAUGAAUAUAAAAUCUUCAAUGCUGAAGUGUUGUUUCGAGAAGACUGUAGUGCAGAUGAAUUAAUUGAUGUCAUCAAUGCGAACCGAGUGUAUUUGCCUUGCCUUUAUGUAUAUAAUAAAAUAGAUCAAAUAUCGAUAGAAGAAGUUGAUCGAAUUGCUAGGCAACCCAAUAGUGUUGUUGUUAGUUGUAAUAUGAAAUUGAACCUUGACUUCCUGCUGGAAACAUUAUGGGAAUAUUUGUCUCUGAUAAGAGUAUAUACAAAAAAACCUGGACAACCGCCUGAUUUUGAGGAUGGUUUAAUAUUGAGGAAAGGAGUGACAGUGGAGCAUGUAUGUCACGCAAUUCACCGUACUCUCGCUCAACAAUUCAAAUAUGCCCUUGUUUGGGGUACAAGUACCAAAUAUUCGCCUCAGCGAGUAGGACUGCAGCAUGUGAUGCAUGAUGAAGAUGUCGUACAAAUAAUGAAAAAAUAA